GGUGGUCUGUUCCGGUUUCUUACUUCCGAAGUUCCGAUAUCCGUUAUUCGGUUAUACCCCCCUAGUGAUGCUAACAUUGAACCUUCAAUGUUGUAAGUAUGUAGUUAAUAGAUGUACAUACAUCAUCUUCAUCCGACAAACAAUGCAAGCAGAACAAACACCCUUUUCUAUAGGUAGUUUCUGAUAUCCGUAUAUUUCACCCCGUUCCGAUCAAUAAACCACUGUAUUCGCGACCAUGAUUCGCACUCGAGUUUCCAAUGCCUGUGAUGUAUGCAAGCAACGUAAAGUAAAAUGCGACGGGAAUUUACCUUGCAGCUAUUGUAAAAAUAGACGAGGCAGUUUAACAUGUCAUUUUUCUCCUGCAGCCCGCCGUCGGGUGGUAAGGUCGCAUCUGGCUUCCCCCGAAUCUUCCGCAACGGUUCAUUCAUCCGUCCAGUCAUCCGUUCCGUCCUCUGCUAGGCCCGAGACAACCCCCGAUAUUUCUGCUAUACCUGUCUCCGUAAAAGAGUAUGCUCGCACAUCAGAUGAUGUCACCCGUCAUAGUGACUUCUCUGCUGAAGAAGAAGCAGAUGUACCUCGAGAAGCACGCUUGUUGUGUGAUGCUCGGGGCAAGUUAAUUUUUAUUGGAGAUUGCGCGCCACUCUCCCUAUUUCAAACCGUACGUCAAAUUGUGACCUCUCGAGUUGACCCGAACGGCUUUACGCCUGAAACGAGCCGGGUCUCCAUGCUGGAAAAUGCUGGUUCUCAUCCGCUUGUUUCGGUCGGCAGCAAAGAGCCGCCCGUGGAUGCCGCCAGUGCUGAAAGGCUGGUAUCUAUUUAUAUAUCAGUAACAUCUGGGCUGGUUGAUCUUUUCGACAACAUAUCCCUUUUGGAUGAUAUAUUAGCGUGGUCUACCAAAGGAAUACCAGAGGGUGCAGCCUCUGCCGUGAAUUACUUGGUACUCGCCAUUGGAUCGCAGUCCGUUGACGAGGAAUCCUCAACCGCAUAUUUUCAAUACGCGAAGGCAUUGGCCUUGUCAUCCCUCGAUGGAGAUCUAGGUAUCGAGACUGUCACAUCCUUCGCCCUCAUAACUCUAUAUAUGCUCAGGGCAUGUCAAAUCAACGGCGCCUUUCUCUUUUUUGGUAUUGCUGCACGAGCGGCAUAUUCAAUUGGUCUACAUAGGACAGAAGUUAAUUCUCGAUUCGGAGUUGAGAUGCAUGUUCAAAGGGAUCGUCUUUGGAAAAGUUUACGAGUCCUUGAUUUGUUCCUCAGCAUAUCCAUGGGUAGGCCACCAACCAUGUCGGACAUAGAUUGUACGGUACCUUGUCGAGCUUUAGAUGCCAAUGGACAGGAAGAAUUUGAUCUCUUGAAUGCAUCGGUACAGAUACUUGCGAUUACGGAAGAGAUUGUCCUUCGUGUGUACUCGAGAAGAAAAAUCUCUCUUCAGCUCACAGAUGGGAUCUCACGCCAGCUUCGAGAUUGGUCAAGUAGAUGGCUCUCUCGUCUGAAAGGGAUUAUUUCCGGCUCACCGAAUGAAGAUAAAACAGAGGUAACUGGGGCAUGUCAAGUCAUUUCAUCCUACUACUAUGCCGUUAUGCUUGUCGCCAGACCCUUUCUCAUGUACGAGUUGUGUAAGCGCCUACCUCAAGAUGCUGCCACGGCCGAUACGCUCGGUGGUAGUAACGACAACUCGGGAAGAGCAAGACUUGCGAAUGCGUGUAUUGAUGCGGCCAGCUUGAUGGCUGAGUCAGUAUUAGACCUCGUGAAUCAGGGGCUGUUGGAUGGACGAAUGCCGCUAAUUGUUUCCUGGCUGUUCGCAUCUUCUUUGGUACUUGGAGUUGGGCUUCUCGGUGGAUUUGGACGUAUUCUGGAAAAGUAUGCACACAUGUCCAUCGCCGCACUGGAAUAUUUUGCGAAAAAUGAUGCGCACGCCAUUCAAUACUCACUGAUUGCCAAAUCCUUGUUGUCUAUUGCGAUGAAUUAUCUUCAGCGGCGGGAUGUAGAUGAGCGUCUUCGAAUCACAGAGAGCUCGUCCCAACUAUUCGGGUUGAUACCCAAGGAGCACCCACUUCGAGAAGACAACAUGCCUAUCAACACCACCGGAUCGGCGACACUUAUAUCAGACCCCCACAGAAGUAACAUACCUCCGAGUUCAUCAGCUCAGGAAAUGCUAACUUCCCCUUUCCACGAUAUCGACCCGGCUCUUCUUUCUUUAGGCUGUUCGCUUGAUUCAGCGUCAGGUACCCCCUUUACAGGAAGAGACCAAGAGUAUCAGGCAGAGCACGUUUUCGGGGCUCUCAAUCUCUUCCCUCUAUUGGAUGGGAACGGCCAUAUAGAUCUUGCACAUUAUCUCUGAACCAGGUUGAUAUAUAAUCUUUUCGGUCCUUUGUACCCCGGGCCCUUUGAAUAUGCACAAGUACAGGAAUCUUAAGAAUCAACUACCUCGGCACUAAGCAUGGAUUAUGAAGCUCGUCGCUACAUCGCCACCCCCAUUCUUGGAAAACGUCGACGGUUCCUCGGGUGCGAUUGGCAUGUGGACGGCCAUUUUCCAUCGAAUAAGACCGUUGCCUAUAAAUUAACUACAGACCACGGACUACCUAAUUUCACCUAUCCUCGGCCUAAUAGUAAAGAGUUGAAUAUAGGAUGCAGACUUCUCUGGUCCAUCCCUGCGAAUUCGAUCACGAAUCUUUCAAAGAAUAACCUAGUAAAUUGUUGCGGCUGUCAUAAGCUCAACGGACCAGACACCCGCAACUAGUGAACCAAUAGGAUUGGUACGGAUAUUGCGCAAUCUUGAGAUACCCAGGGCUGUUUGACUGCAAACUAAAUCCUUCCAUGCAUGGCACAGCAG